GGAACCCUCAGAACGCAAAGAAGAACAUGCAGAACUCUAAAGCAGGUCUGGACAGCAACAUGAACAAGAAGAAGAAGAAGAAAAAGGCUAUUAUUAUGGAGGAGGGUCCGAUGAUCCCGUACCACUUCACAGUGUCCACCGGAGACGAUCGUGACGCCAGCACCACCAGUCGGGUUUACGUCAUCAUCAUGGGGCCCAACGAUUUAGAAACGGAGCGACUCUGGCUGGAUCUCACUGAUGGGAAGACAUGCUUCGCUGCGGGAGGAAUGGAGCACUUCAUGUGUUACGGACUAGAUGUGGGUGAGAUCAAGAGAGUCGAGUUGGGUCAUAACGGAGCGACUCCCGAGAGCUGCUGGCUGGUGGACGUGCUGUCGGUGGCCGUUCCCACCAAAGGCAUUCAGUACAACUUCCUGUGCAAGUGCUGGCUGGCCAAAGACAGAGGAGACGGUCUGACGGCCAGAGUCUUCAACAUACUGGACGCCACCACCAUCAGCAUCAUCAGGAAGGUGGUUUUUGAGGUGACCGUGGUCACCGGUGACACUCAGAAUGCAGGAACGGACACCAACAUCUUCAUAACUGUGUUUGGGGCCAACGGGAGCAUGGAGGAGAUGCUCCUCGCCAAACACGAGGACAGGUUUGAAAGAGGACAGGACGACACGUUUAACCUGGAGAUAGAUGACAUCGCGCCGCUAAAAAAGCUCCGCGUUCGGAUCGAUGCGACAGGAAGUCGUCCUGAUUGGUUCCUCGACAAGAUAAUCAUGAGAAACCUGAGCACAGAGGAGGUGUAUGUUUUCACCUACGAGGAGUGGCUCUCCAAGACCAAAGGACCCAAGAGGACCAAGGUCUGUGAACUUCCUGCGGUCGUGGACGACGAGGAGAUGGUGGAGAAAACCACAUACAGCAUCCAGGUUAAAACCAGUGACCUCACCGCCGCCGGCACAGACGCCAAUGUGUUUCUGAUCGUGUUCGGGGAAAACGGUGACUCGGGAACGCUGGCACUGAGAGAGAGCAGCAACAGGAACAAAUUCGAACGCAAUCAGGUGGAUGUUUUCCGUUUCGGGGAUAUUCUGAGUCUGGGCGAGCUGUCCAAGGUCCGAGUGUGGCACGACAACAAGGGUCCUGCUCCUGGAUGGCAUCUGGAGUAUGUCGAUGUGAAGGACGAUCUGUUGGAUCAAACCUUUCGCUUUCCCUGUGACCGAUGGCUGGCCAAGAGCGAGGACGAUGGGCAGAUCAUGAGGGAACUGGCAUGUGCCAAUAACGAUAUUCUGGAUCUCAGUGACAAGACCAAAUAUGAAAUUGAGAUCACAACAGCCAACUCUGAAGAUGCCGAGACGAAGGAGAAUGUCUGGAUCAUUCUGGAGGGGAAAAAAGGACGUUCAAAGGAGUUUAUGAUGGAAAACUCAAAGAAGAAGAAGUUUUUGCGAGGUGCCACGGAUUCGUUCGAGUUUUCCUCUAAAAAUGUGGGCGAGAUCGUUGGUAUUUGUUUGGGCCAUAUAACGAAGGAGAAGAAGGUGAAGAAUGAGUCUUUCUGGCACGUGCAGGAGGUGGUGAUCACGGAGAAAGAGCUGAGAAACAAAUUCUACUUCACAUGCGACGCUCGAAUUCCUCUGGCGGCCAAGAAAGACGAGUUCAUGACGUUCGAGUGCACCAAAACCGUGGAGAGCUUCGCCAGCAAAGUGCGCAGUCUGGUUCCCGUCAAAUACGAGAUCAUCGUCAUCACCGGAGACGUGAAGGAUGCCGCCACCGAUGCCAACGUCUUCAUCACGCUCUACGGCGUCAACGGAGACUCUGGGAAACGAGCGCUGAAGGGGAAGUACAGGAACCUGUUCGAGAGAGGACGGACAGACCGCUUCCUGCUGGAGAUGCUGGAUCUGGGCGAACUCUUGAGGAUCAAAGUGGAGCACGACGACAAAGGCUCUUCGUCCGGGUGGUACCUGGAGUGUGUGGAGGUCACUAACACCGCCAACUGGGUGGCCACCAUCUUCGUCUGCGGAAAGUGGCUGGACAGAAAUAAAGCAGAUGGACAAACUCACAGAGUGCUGUAUCCGAAAUAUUAAACGCUUUGCAUUUUUGACUAAAGACGUUUCAAAAAUCCGACUCUUUGGGAUGAAGCAGUUUGUACUUUUUUAAAGAAAUUCAAAUAAACGUGCUUGGA